CAGAUUUUCUGUAUCAGUGAUUUCCACAAUGGCGCCAGUUUCUGCUCUUGCAAAGUACAAGCUGGUGUUCUUGGGUGAUCAGUCGGUGGGCAAGACCAGCAUCAUCACACGCUUCAUGUAUGAUAAAUUUGACACCACAUAUCAGGCCACGAUUGGUAUUGAUUUUCUAUCCAAAACUAUGUAUCUUGAAGAUCGAACUGUUCGACUGCAGUUGUGGGAUACAGCUGGCCAGGAAAGAUUUAGAAGUCUUAUUCCAAGCUACAUCAGGGAUUCAUCUGUUGCUGUUAUUGCCUAUGAUGUUGCAAGCCGGCAGACUUUUCUAAACACAUCAAAUUGGAUUGAAGAGGUGCGAAGUGAGAGAGGUAGUGAUGUAAUUAUUGUCCUUGUGGGGAACAAAACUGACCUUGUGGAUAAGAGGCAAGUUUCCACAGAGGAAGGCGAAGCAAAAGCCCGUGAUCUGAAUGUCAUGUUCAUUGAAGCUAGCGCCAAAGCUGGCUUUAAUAUAAAGGCUCUCUUUAGAAAAAUUGCUGCUGCGUUACCUGGCAUGGAAACGCUGUCUUCAACAAAACACGAGGAUAUGGUUGAUGUGAACUUGAAGUCUUCUAGUGGCCCUAAUUCUCAACCUGAGUCGGGCGGAUGUGCUUGUUGAAUGUGCCUUGUCUUGACAUUUUGUAUCUCUGUACUCGGUAUUCAUUUUGGAACGUGUUUGGCUUAAGGUUUCGUUCUCAAGACUUACACAGCAUCACGUGGAAUUCUUUUUCAGAAUGCUACUGGAUGGAUAGGUAGCAGGGGAAGAAUCAAUGUAAUCUGUACGUUGGUUAUUUAUUUAUUAUUGUAACGUAUAACAAUGACUAAC